GCCGAUGUCACACUGAUGCUUCCUCGCCAGGAGUUUGCUCGGGGCCAGGAUGGUGGGCUUGAAGGUGCAGUGAGCAAAGAGGGCUGGUGGCAGGGCCUGGGGGCCUGCAGGCUGGGUCACCACAUCCACAUCCGCGAGGCCACCGUCCUGGACUGUCCCCACUGUGGCAGGAUGCGGCGGGUGCUCAGCCCUGUGCCGGCCUGUUCCCGCCUGACUGGCAAGAUCACUUUCCCCGCCAGACACAUGACUUCUGACACAACCAGUUUCCCCAUAAACCCCCGGGGCAGGGCAGGUGGAGGCCGUGACUUGGGGUUGCCAGGGUCAUCCCAGAAGGGAGCAGAAGGCGGGGCUCCCCCACCCCAGCAGCUGCCCUCAGUGGGUCAGAGGAAAAUCGAGCCCUGGAAACUCACCCGGAACCUGCUCUUCGGAGGAGACAAUGAGCCCUGCCCGGUCAGCCCAGGGAAGGAUAUGGAGCCCACCGGCCCGGCGCUGCCAAGGGAUGAAGGGCCGCCAACCCCAGGCUCUGCCACGAAGGUGCCACCGGCAGAGUACAGGCUGUGCAAUGGGUCCGACAAGGAAUGUGUGUCCCCCACAGCCAAGGUCACCAAGAAGGAAACUCUCAAGGCACAGAAGCAGAACUACCGGCAGGCGAAGAAGCGCGCCACCAAGCAGCUGUUCAGCGCCCUGACAGACCCCAGCGCAGUCAUCAUGGCCGACAGCCUGAAGAUCCGGGGGACUCUGAAGAGCUGGACCAAACUGUGGUGUGUGCUGAAGCCGGGGGUGCUGCUCAUCUACAAGACCCCCGCGGUGGGCCAGUGGGUGGGCACCGUCCUGCUGCACUGCUGUGAGCUCAUCGAGCGGCCCUCCAAGAAGGACGGCUUCUGCUUCAAGCUCUUCCACCCGCUGGACCAGUCCGUGUGGGCCGUGAAGGGCCCCAAAGGCGAGAGCGUGGGCUCCAUCACGCAGCCCCUCCCCAGCAGCUACCUGAUCUUCAGGGCCGCAUCCGAGUCGGACGGCCGCUGCUGGCUGGAUGCCCUGGAGCUGGCACUCUGCUGCUCCAGCCUCCUGCGACUCAGUGCGUGCAAGCAGGGCCGUGCCGGGGAGCCUGGGUCCUCGCCCGAUGCGUCGCCCCCAUCGCUCUGCGGGCUGCCCAUCAUGGCCACCAACCACGACCAGGACCUGUACCCACUGAAUGGGUGCUCCCUGGAGAACGACGCUUUCUCUGACAAGUCGGAGAGAGAGAAUGCCGACGAGUCUGAUAGUGAGGCCCAGGACCUCGGCCGGAAGACCGCGGAGAGCGGGGGUGACCCGCCGGAGCCCCUGGGGCGGCCGGGGCACAGAGGGACCACAUACGUGCAGCAGUGCCUGGAGGAGCUGGGGGAGCUGGACCAGGCAUCCCAGGUGGAGACCGUGUCCGAGGAGAACAAGAGCCUGAUGUGGGUGCUGCUGAGGCAGCUGCGGCCGGGCAUGGACCUGUCCCGCGUGGUGCUGCCCACCUUCGUCCUGGAGCCCCGCUCCUUCCUCGACAAGCUCUCCGACUACUAUUACCACGCCGACCUGCUCUCCAGGGCAGUGCUGGAGGACGACGCCUACAGCCGCAUGAAGCUCGUGCUGCAGUGGUACCUGUCCGGCUUCUACAAGAAGCCCAAGGGGAUCAAGAAACCCUACAACCCCAUCUUGGGGGAGACCUUCCGCUGCUGCUGGGCCCACCCUCAGACCAACAGCCACACCUUCUACAUCGCAGAGCAGGUGUCCCACCACCCGCCUGUGUCUGCCUUCCACGUCAGCAACCGGAAGGACGGCUUCUGCAUCAGUGGCAGCGUCACUGCCAAGUCCCGGUUUUACGGGAACUCACUGUCAGCUCUGCUGGACGGCAAGGCCACACUCACAUUCCUGAACCGGGCAGAGGAUUACACCCUCACCAUGCCCUAUGCCCACUGCAAAGGAAUCCUCUAUGGCACCAUGACCAUGGAGCUGGGUGGCAGAGUGACCGUCGAGUGUGAGAAGAACAACUUACAGGCUGAGCUGGAAUUCAAGCUCAAGCCUUUCUUUGGGGGCAGCAUGAACAUCAACCAGGUCUCGGGGAAGAUCGCGUCGGGAGAGGAGGUCCUGGCACGUCUCACUGGACACUGGGACAGGGAGGUGUUUAUCAAGGAGGAGGGCAGAGGAAGCACGGAGCUCUUCUGGAACCCGAGUGGGGAGGUCCGCGGGCAGAGGCUGAAGCGGCACACGGUGCUGUUCAAGGAGCAGACGGAGCUGGAGUCAGAGAGGCUCUGGCAGCAUGUCACCAGGGCCAUCGCCGAGGGGGACCAGCACAAGGCCACGCAGGAGAAGUUCUCACUGGAGGAUGCACAGAGGCAGCAGACCCGGGAGCGCCAGCAGAGCCUCACCCCCUGGAAGCCACGGCUGUUCCACCUGGACCCUGCCACCCAGGAGUGGCACUACCGAUAUGAGAACCGCAGCCCCUGGGAUCCCCUGAAGGACAUCGUCCAGUUUGAGAAAGAUGGGGUCCUGCACACCCUGCAGCGAGGGACUAUGGCCCCCCAGACCUCCUUCCUGGGCAGCCCAGAGCCCAGACACCAGGGGCCUGGCCCAGAUCGGCGGCUCCGCAAGGCCAGCGACCAGCCCUCCGGCCACAGCCAGGUCACCGAGAGCAGUGGCUCCACGCCCGAGUCCUGUCCAGAGCUCUCAGAUGAGGAGGAGGAGGACGGGGACAGGGACUUCAUUCCUGGCAUUGAGAGCCCUUGCCCUCGGUGUGGGAAGGAGGCGCAGCGGCUGCAGGCUCUGCACGAGGCCGUCCUGUCCCUCCGGGAGGCCCAGCAGGAGCUCCACAGGCACCUCUCGGCCAUGCGGAGCUCCACGGCGCGAGCCUGGCGGGCACCUGCCCCAGGCCUCCUGCAGAGCCCCCGGUCCUUGUUCCUGCUCUGCGUGUUCCUGGCAUCUCAGCUGCUCAUUAACUAUAUCUUCAAAUAGGAGCCCUUUGCAGGCAGCGUGGGCAUCGCUUGCAGAAAGUGGCCAGCUGCAGCCCUCCCUCCCAGGCACCCAGCACUUUAAGCCAGCCCCAGGGAGGCAGGGAGACCCAGCGAGCAUGGCCACUGUGGACAGGGGGACCCACGGAGGGGGACCCA